GGCUGGGUCUAUGGUCGCUCCGCGGGCCGCUCCGCUGGCUGGUGCUUUUUUUUCAGGGCAAGCUGUGUUCCAUGGCAGGGAACUUUUGGCAGAGCUCCCAUUAUUUGCAAUGGAUUUUGGAUAAACAAGAUCUGUUGAAGGAACGCCAGAAGGACUUAAAGUUUCUCUCAGAAGAAGAGUAUUGGAAAUUACAAAUAUUUUUUACAAAUGUUAUUCAAGCAUUAGGUGAACAUCUUAAAUUAAGACAACAAGUUAUUGCCACUGCUACAGUCUAUUUCAAGAGAUUCUAUGCCAGGUAUUCUCUGAAAAGUAUAGAUCCUGUAUUAAUGGCUCCUACAUGUGUGUUUUUGGCAUCCAAAGUAGAGGAAUUUGGAGUAGUCUCAAAUACAAGAUUGAUUUCUGCUGCUACUUCUGUAUUAAAAACUAGAUUUUCAUAUGCCUUUCCAAAGGAAUUCCCUUAUAGGAUGAACCAUAUAUUAGAAUGUGAAUUCUAUCUUUUAGAACUAAUGGAUUGUUGCUUGAUAGUGUAUCAUCCUUAUAGACCUUUGCUCCAGUAUGUGCAGGACAUGGGCCAAGAAGACAUGUUGCUUCCCCUUGCAUGGAGGAUAGUGAAUGAUACCUACAGAACGGAUCUUUGCCUACUGUAUCCUCCUUUCAUGAUAGCUUUAGCUUGUCUACAUGUAGCCUGUGUUGUACAGCAGAAAGAUGCCAGACAGUGGUUUGCUGAACUUUCUGUGGAUAUGGAGAAGAUUUUGGAAAUAAUCAGGGUUAUUUUGAAACUGUAUGAGCAGUGGAAGAAUUUUGAUGAGAGAAAAGAGAUGGCAACUAUUCUUAGUAAGAUGCCGAAACCAAAACCUCCUCCAAACAGUGAAGGAGAGUAGGGUCCAAAUGGAAGUCAGAACUCUAGCUACAGCCAAUCUUAAAACAUUCCGAAGAAUUCCGUAGUGGACCAGUUGGAAAUAAACCAUUGGACAGAUUUCAGUUAUGUCUUCAAUGGAACACAAAUGAAAAUGAAUAGCUUGUUUCUGUCAAGCAUAUUGGGAAGUGAUUUUAUUUUUGCAAAAUAAGUUUUACCUUACCUUAUUUGAUUCUAGUACAUAAUUGAUUGAAAUCUCUUGAUUAUAAAAGUUUGGAAAGGUUCUAAGGGGACCUACAGACAGACAUACAUAGACAUUUCAAAAUUAAUAACUUUUGAUUAGUAUAAUUUUUCUUAAUUUGGAUAAUAGAAAUUAUAGCUUUUUAUUAAGCCAGGAAACAUGAAGCAUAAUUUGUCUAAAAUUCUCUUUGGUCAUUGAAGGACCAAAAAAAAGACAUAAAAAGUCAAAUAUAUGAGGGUUUUUUUCCCUCCUUAAGUUAAACUUUAAAACUGUAUUUAAGGAAUCAAAUCUUACAAAAUCCUGGAAGAUUUUGGUAACGAUAUUGAUAAUUUCAGGGAAAUUAAUCAAGUACCUAUUGAUUUAAAAGUGUAUUUUAUUCGUAGUUUUAGUAUCUUGCCAUGGAAGAUACUAGCCCAGCCUAGCAGAAAAGUGCAAUAUGUAUAGCAUACUUUGACAUUUUAAAAGUUAUAUUAAUUCCAUAACCAUUUUGAAAUGCUGGGCAAACUUAAAAAAAAAAAUCCUACAUGACCUUAUUUGCAUUUGAUUCACAGUUAAUCAGGCAUUUUGAAAGUUAAUUGGAUAAAACACCAUGAUAUGGUUGAAAUUUGGUAACAUUUUAAUGUUAAUUUUUACUCUACUGUGAAAAGUUUUUAUAUGACAUACACUCCCUAGUUUAUUUUUGUGUCUUAGUGUGGAUUUACAAAUUUACUACAGGUAUCCUGAGCCAGGAACACAAUCAGGUUUCAGGCCAGUUUGAUACUGGCCAUUCUUAAUUCUCAUGAGUGUAGGACUUGGACAAAUUGUUAUGUCAGUGGGACUGUGCUGUCUGUGGAACUUAAUCAUUUUCUUCAGAUUUGAAGGAGAGUGAUGAAAUUUGAAGUCAUAGGAUACUGAUGUACAAUUUAAGGAUUAAGUUUUUUUAUAAAUCAAUUGUGAACAAUGGAUUA